AUGCCUAGUCUUUUUGUGGUGUGUGUUGUUGCGGUGGUAGCAGGGGCUCUUCUCCAGUGGCAACGCAAGGCAGCUGCAAUUAGUCCACGUGUACUUGGGGAUGUUCUUCUUGUUUUUGCCCAUCCGGAUGACGAAGCGAUGUUUUUUUCUCCGUUGUUGGAAUAUCUGAGGCAGCAUGACUUAAAAGUGCAUUUUCUUUGCCUCUCAAACGGAAACUACGCGGGCCUUGGUGCGGCUCGCGAGAAGGAGCUCUAUCGUAGCGGACAGUACUUUGGGGUCCACAAGAACAAUGUGAAAGUUGUCAAUCAUCCCUCUUUGCAAGAUGGGCUGAACAGAUCAUGGGAUAGUGACCUAAUUAGACAAGAAGUGUUUUCAUACCUUAAAAAGGCCAAGAGUGUUCGCACGGUCGUUACAUUCGACCGAUGGGGAGUGUCCUACCACCCUAACCACAUUGCAGUUCACAGUGGUGUUCGCUCUGCAAAAGAAAAUAUGCCUCCUGGGAUCGUAUUUUUGAAUUUGCGCACCAGAGGAUUGUUGAGGAAAUACAGUGGGGUGCUUUCAGUCGUCAGUUACAUAUUUCGGGGAUGUCUUCAGGAGGAUCACCAUCGGUUUGUUAUUCUUAUGCCACCUAUAUCAAUCCUGACGAGUUUCUUUGCAAUGAGGAUGCAUAAGACGCAGCUAGUGUGGUUUCGUUAUCUUUUUGUUCUUUUUUCCUCAUACACAUACAUAAAUGAAAUGGAAGAACUGAAAACAGUGUAA